UCAAGGCAUCGCGUCUGGUAUGGUCUGUGGUUUAGAUCAAUAAUUUUUGCAAAUUAGUCGUACAUAUUUGUAAUUUGGAUUUGUUGAACUUGUAAUACAUAACAGUGCUCGUGCUCCAUAAAAAAUAGAAAUUCGUAUAAUGCGCUGUGAAUUCUCAGCUUAUCUCCGAGAAUAUUAUUGAAAUAAAAGUGUUUUAUAGUUUUGAACUUGGUGAAAAUGAGUCAACCUCGUAUGGAGAAUAUGUGUCCCACGACGCACUUACGGGUGAUGUUGCCUAAUUCAAUGGAAACAAAUAUGCCUCCAACUUACAUUGAUAUCAAUAACAUGGAUAUACCCCCGCCUCAGCCAGAUUUCUCAGCUCCCCCACCAUAUGAUGUGGCGGCAAAUUCUAAGCUGCCUACAUAUGAGGAGGUCCAACGUGAGAAACAAAUGGAAGGGGAGGGACCUCAACUACCUCCAGCAGCUCAUCCCACUAUUGCAGCGUUCGUUACGGUCGAGCCGAGAGAGGCCACCGCUGAACAGUUAGAUCCCGAGAACAACUUGCUUGGCACCGAUAUCAUGUUCCUGACAUCAUUUUUCGUGGCAUUCCUAUUCAACUGGAUCGGGUUCCUCCUGCUGAUGUGCUUCUGCCACACGGUCGCGAGCCGCUACGGCGCGCUCGCCGGCUUCGGCCUCUCGCUCGCCAAAUGGACGCUCAUAGUGAAGCAUUCCACUGAACUCGCCUCGCACGAGAACUCGUGGUUGUGGUGGCUUAUUAUGGCAUUCGGAAUCCUCAUCUGCGUGCGCGCUAUUAUCCAGUACUUGAAUAUAAAACGCGGAUGGCGUCUGCUCUCCGGCACGGCCCAAGAGCGACUGCUGUUCUUCUAUUGAAAUGCACGUUUUGUCUCGCUCGCACUCGCACGUACACCGUGAAUGCGUGAAAGAGAUGAAACUUUAUCACAUAUUUCAGGUGUUGUAAAAAUAUAAUAUAUUAUAUUAUGUCGUUUAAAAUAUUAUAUUAUAUUCCUAUGUGUCAUACAUAUUUU